AUGGGAGUCACCCAAAGGUACGACUCAUGCGGAGAUCGACCACAUUCUCACCAACCGAAGGGCUUACUGGACUUCUCAGUGGUACCAUCCUUCAGUAGUGGCACAGAUCACCGCCUCAAAGCUGGAAAAGAAGAUGGGUCACAAGUUGGAAGGACAGAAAAUGCAUAUGACCGCGUAAGAUUGGAGAAGCUCCUGACAACUUGUGACUGGCUCAUCGAGGAUGGUCCAACGAAGGACUACGACUUGCUUCUCAGAGGACUGGGACAUCCCAUUUCGAGCGACUUAUAG